AUGCAGAUAUAUGAUGCAGGUAACCUAAAACCAGUUGGUGGAACAAAGCCUAGAAUGCAGAAAGAAUUCAGAUUGAAUUGUAAUAUUGGUUCCAGUCCUGAUGUCACCUGGUAUUAUGAAAAUGGAGAUGUCUUAAUGAAAUAUCGUGAUUGUACAGAAAUUGGUGGCAACAGCUCUCGUUUUGCAGGCCGUGCACAAUUUACUUGCGAACCCGUGCAAAAGAGGUCUAUUUUAACGUUUGUUCCUAUCCUUCUCAAAGAUGGCAACUUCAGUAUUAUAUGCAUGACUAACUUUCAUGGAAGUGAAUACAACAUUCGAACAACAGACACAAGAAAAUUAACUACUAGUAAUGUAGUUGGUACUACAUAUAUUCAAGGAGAUAGAACAGCAACAUUCGUAUGCCCUUUAGACGAGGGAGACUCACUUUCUCAGUGGAAAGGAGACAACUUUACAGCCAACUGUUCCGGAUCAAAUUCUAGAAAUCAGUUAAAAUUUUUUGCAAUCAAUAUAACAUGUGACCCGAAGAGUUCAACUUUAGUCCUCAUGAUUUCCCAUCGGGUAUCUAAAAUGGAAAUGUUUUGUGACAGUUACUUAAAGAAAAGAAAAGUAUUUAAAGUAACAACACCUGAGUAUAACUUGGAGUACGUUGUAAUUAUAAGUUUGUUGAUUCUUCUCCUGAUUGCCGUGAUUAUCUUUAAUGGUAUAUGUUUUAUGACGUCUGUAGGACGUCACUACUGGCUUAAAAGGGCAGAUACGUUUGAGAGUACAACGUCAACUCAGAGAUUUCCAGCCUAUACUUGGCCAUACUAUUUCCAAGCAAUCGCUCAACAUUCAAGGUAUCCUUACAAGACUUCACAACUUGAAUAUAUCGUUUCAGUUCUAAAUGGAAUUGAGCAGUACAAUAUAAUUUAA